GUACUAAAUAUUUCAGAUUUAUAACUUUAUUAUUAUUUGGGCAACGUUAAUCAGAUAUGUAGCACUGUACAUUUAUUUAUGUCCUGAAUUCACAGCCUGUGGGGGGGGGGGGGUCGGCUGGUGUUCGUUACCCCCAGGAACAGCUGUCGCAUGUUGACUGUUUUGAAGCAGUUGCCCUGAGCGUGGUGCCUUGUGUGGGGGGGGGGAAAUGUCUUUUUAAUGUGCCUGUAUUUACCCAGAUGUCAGGAGCUAAUGAAAGCUUCCCUGUGGAUCCGGGAACAAUGCAGUGCCCUCGCACAAAGGGCGCCACCUGUCUUUUGUGUGAGGUGCUGCGCUCUUUUAUUUACUUGCCUGUUAGUCAUGGUGGAAGGACGGAAUAGUGGGGACCUUCUAGGUUCUGCAUCAAGCACUUAACAAAGGAGGUGGGGGCGGGGGGUAAAGUCCAAAGACAGUGUGAGAGUCCCAUUAAUUUCACACCAUCUACAGUGAUUUCAGGUAAUCCUCAAAAACUUCAAUGUAUCCUUAGUAAAAAAAAAUCGCUAUAUUGAAAAUUACAGGUUAAUAUAUUUUAAGCUUUGUAAGUGACAUUUCAAUUGUGGGUAUUUUUUACUUUGCCUUUGUCCAUUUUAAUUUGUUUAAAUCUGAUCUGCUUUUUAAAAGAACAUGAAUGAUGUGUUUUUUUUUAUAUAUAUUAGUUUGUUGAUUCACUUUAAUAUGCAAAGCCUGUUGUCUCAAAACAAUGAAUGCUUCAGCUUUCUUGUGAAAUGUACUCUGAUCUGUCUGACUGGUGUAUCCAGGGUAACCAGUGGGGGGGCAGAAAGUUUUCAUGAUGUCACACGACACAUCUAUGCAGUAAUAAACUUCACUGUGAUCUAUUGAAGCCACAACUCUGUCUCCUUAAGCCUUAAAAUUCCCUGUUUACCUCUUUUUUUUAACUAAAUAAAUCUUUUAUUCUGUUUUUAUUCUGUUUUCCUUGUUUUAUUAUGUUUGGGAUUUGAAAAAGUCGGGCCUUAUCACGGCUGCACACAAACCACUUUUUAUUCCGGAAAUGGUGUUCUGAGUUUUAUGUUUCACUGCUUGCUGGUAAAAAGAGUAGAUAACUGAUGGUUAAGAUGCUGGGCUGCUAAUCCAGAAUGGGUUUGAAUCCCAUCCUUAAAAUUUGAGCAAGACCCUUAUCCCCCACUUGCUCUAAGGGCUGGCUGAAUCUGCUUUCUCAAAAAAUGUAUGUUGCUAUGGAAAAAGGUUUCUUAAUUGUAAAAUUGUGUUUGUAUAGUGUUUCAAAGCAUUGUUUACUGUUAUUCAACUAGACAGUCAUUCGAUUACAUUGGACAUGGAAGUUAAACCAUUAAAGUAAAACCACAACAUAUGAAAAAAAGAUUUUAAAACUCAUUCUGUUCACUUUCAGGUUCUCACAUUAUUCUGUCCAAAAUGAAAAUCCAGCCAAAUUUCUUACUGACCUCAUUGCUAGUCCAUGGUGCUGGUGUAGUGAGAAGCAACACUGUGUGGUUCAGUAAGUUAGAACACUAUAUCUGUGAUUGGAAGGUUGCUGGUUCCAAUCCCAGGGUAGGUAGGGUAAUUUCACUCUUGGCCCCUAAGCAAACUUACUUGCUCCGUUCUCUCAAAAACAUAUAUCACUUUAUUACUUUGCAUCUACCAAAUGAGUAGAUAAGUAAAGGCGGGUUCCAGGGCGAUGCCGGGCACGGCGUGGCAGAUGGUUGGGCUGGCGCCGGCCGGAGGCGUGUGCUGCCCCCAGGGCGGGGUGUUUGCGUAGGCGCCCAGUCGUGCUCGUCACCCAGGUAUGCGGCCGGCAGCACGGAGCCGCGCUUGGCUCCCCCACCGCCGCCACAGAAACACCUCCACUGCCUGGAGAAGAGAGGCAGCCUCCAUGACAUGGGGAACGCACAGACACAGCAGCCGCUGGAGAUGACCUACUGUGACCUGAGCGGCCAGAACCAACAGGCCAUGAUGGUCAUACAGCUGUAUAUGCUGCCGGCCUUCUUCCUGGGGGUGCUGGGCCUGGGGCUCCCCCUCAACCUGCUCUCCCUCUGGGUCUUCUCACGCCGCCUGAAGCGCUGGUCUCGCGGCACGGCGUUCCUCUUCAACCUGGCCCUGGCCGACACCUCCUGGCUCCUGAUUCUACCGUUCCUGGUCCAGUAUCACCUGGCCCAGAUGAACUGGACCCUGGGCUGGCAGUUCUGCACCGCGGUGCGUCUGGUCUACCACAGUUACUUCUACCUCAGCAUCUUCUUCGUGACGUGCAUCAGCGUGGACCGCUACGCCGCCAUCGUGCACCCGCUGCGCUCGUUGGCUCUGUUGGGCCGCCGCCCCACCAGCCUGCUCUGUAUCUCUAUCUGGGGCUUCACCUUGGCCUUCAGCAGCCCCGUGGCCCUGAUGACACUGACCCAGCGCUGCCCGAGGACCAACCACACCAUCUGCACCAUGUACGUCCUGCUGGAGAACACCCGGCAGAGCCUCCCCUUCUCCCUCUACUGGUCCUGCGUCGGGUUCCUGUUGCCACUCGCCGCUAUUGGCUACUGCUGCUGCCGUAGCGUGCAGGAGUUGCGACGGCGGCCCGGCCUCCAGAACAGAAGGGGGCGCCAUUUAACUCGGGUGCUGAGCAUCGCGCUGGUCCUCUUCGCCCUAUUCUACCUACCCUACCACCUGACCCGCAAUGCGGCCAUCGUGGUGCGGGCCGUCCACCCCUGGGACCAGGCCAGUUGGGGGCCCGCCGACGUGGCUUUCUCCCUGGAGAUGUGCCUGUGCAGCCUCAACACCUGUGUCAACCCGCUCUUCAGCUGCUCCGCGGGCCGCCAGUUUCGUCAGGAGUUCUGGGGCAUCUUCUCCAGACUGUGCCAGUGCGGCUCGAACCCGAGGCCGGCAGCGGCACUUCAGGAGAGAGCUCUGGGGCCGGAGGAACACGGCACAGCCGCGGUGUGGGCGGAGGGCACUGCGUGCUUAACGCACAACUGGUUUCCAUCUAGCAGGGAGAACGUGGAGCCAUGGAGGGCAGAGGGCAGGCAGGCAGCACAAAAACACUAAUGACCAUUUUGACCCUCUGUGAUUAGUGAACUAAAUCAAGCUGUUAGUGCAGCAGUCUGCAUGUCUGCUGAUCAGACUGUAAAACAAUAAACUUUGUGGACUUUGUGCAGUUGACACUUUCCCAUCUAACACCUUUUGUAAACUUUAAAAACAAAUUCGGGGGGAGGCACCACAUUUGCGUAAAAAAUUUUACAGAUCUGCACUGCAGAUGAUUUGCAUAGUUUCCAUAUUAGUUCCUCUCCUGUUUCUACGCCAGAUCACUUCUGAGGCUAUUUGCUUGUUAUAUCUUAGUUUGUA